UUGAAGAUGUCGCUACAUAUCUAACAAUUAGUUGAUUCAUGACAAGUUUCAUGGCUGCAAUUUUGAAGUUUGGAUUACUGGUGACAAACGGCCGGCAAGUUACUCUAAAAGGUGUGCUAAAUAUACAUCGAUUUGCUACAAUGUCUCAAUUAUUGGAUAACGUACCGGAUGUGGACAUCGAUGAUAAUGGAAAAUUCAAAUAUAUCUUGAUCAAUGUGCAAGAUAAAGCCAACAAAGCUAGUAAACAGAUCGUUAGAGGAUAUGCAAGAGCACAGUGGCAUGCUGAUAUAUUCGAUGAGGUAGACGGACAAAUCAAGAAAUACGCUGGUCUGCAAGCGGAAUGUGUGGGCGGUGGAAGAAUCGAGCACAACUUUGACAGGAAAACCAUCAAAGUUUACGGAUACUCGCAAGGUUUCGGCAAAGCUGAUCAUCGAGUUUCGGUAGAGUUAUUGAAUAAAAAAUAUCCUGGCUACCAUAUUACAUGGUCAGACGAAGGUUAUUAAGUCAGAGGAUAAAUGAUGGUGUAUUUCACCGAUAUCUUCUCAUAUUAAUAACUUUUUAUGGAUUAGAUCUUAUUUUAUAAAAUAUUAAUAAAAUGUACAUAUAUCGGAAUGAAAUUAAGUGUAUUUUACCUAUCUAUAUAUUUUAUGCGUAUAUACGUGUGGACUGUAUUAUA